AUGGGCCUCUCUUCUGCUCUCUCCAAAUGGAAUAGAGAGAUUUUUGGGCAUCUGUUUCAGAAAAAAAAGAGAAUUUUGGCCAGGAUUGGUGGCAUCCAAAAGGCUUGUGACAGAUAUGAGAACCCUUUUUUAAUUAAGCUUGAAGCUGAGCUCAUCCAUGAUUAUGAGAGUAUCUUAAAUCAGGAAAAUCUUUUUUGGAAACAGAAAUCUAGAGAUAAAUGGCUUCAAGGAGGGGACAGAAAUACUAAAUUCUUUCACCUGACUACUUUGGUCAGAAGGAGGAAAAAUAAGAUUGAGGGUUUGUUUGACAGCAAUGGAAAUUGGUUUACUGAUUCUGCUUCCAUGAAAAAUAUUGCUGUUGAUUUCUUCACUAACCUGUUCUCCUCCCCUAUUGCUGAAGACACUAGAUUUAUAAUUCCCUGGCUCUUUCCUGAGAUUGAUCAAGAUGUGCUUAACAAUAUCUGUAAACCUGUUUCUCUCCUUGAAGUGAAGGACUCUCUCUUUGCCAUUGGUGGUCUCAAAGCUCCUGGAUUUGAUGGUUUCCCUGCUAUUUUUUUCCAAUAUCACUGGCAACUUUACUCUUGUGAAAUCUCUAAUGUGGUGAAUGAUGCUUUCAGGUCUGGUGUUAUUCCUCCUGGCCUAAAUCACACAAUCAUCUCUCUCAUUCCUAAGGUCAACGGCCCUCAACACAUGACUAAUUUUAGGCCAAUUAGCCUAUGCACUACUAUCUACAAAGUUAUCUCCAAGGUCAUUGUGGCUCAGAUUAGGCCUUUGAUGCAACAUCUCUUAAGUCCCAAUCAGGCUUACACCCUAAAGAGUUGUUUGGAUGCCUUCUGUUCUCUUUCUGGUCAAACUGUUAGCUAUGAAAAAUCUCUAAUUUUCUGCUCCCCAAACACUUGUAAAAGAUUGGCUUAUGAAAUUAGCAGAACUUGUGGCUCUCCUUUGACAACUGAUCUUGGAAAAUAUUUGGGAAUGCCUCUUAUUCACUCGAGAGUGAACAAGCAUACCUAUGAUAGCCUAUUUGACAAAGUUCAGAGUAGACUCUCUAGCUGGAAAAGUAAGGUGCUCAGCAUGGCAGGUAGGCUCACCUUGCUUCAGUCUGUUACUUAUUCAAUCCCCAUUUAUGCUAUGCAAACUGCUAAGCUUCCUGUGAGCCUCUGUGAUAGAAUUGAUAAGCUGAACAGAGAUUUCUUAUGGGGAGACUCAAAUGAAAAUAAAAAAGUUCAUCUUGUUGGAUGGGAGACUGUUUGUCAGCCAAAGAAACUUGGUGGCUUAGGAAUCAAAAAAACUGCUGACAUGAAUCAAGCCAUGCUAGCUAAGGCUAGUUGGAGACUUUUUCAACAUGAUUCUGGCUUAUGGGCUUCCAUUUACUCUGAAAAGUAUCUCAAAAAUUGCUGUAUUACUGGUGAUAACUACCUGCCCCCUCCUGAUUGUUCUAGUACCUGGAGAAGCAUUUCCUAUGGUGCUGUUAUGCUGAGGAAAAAUCUCAAGUGGAGAGUUGGAGAUGGCAAGAAAAUCAAGUUCUGGUAUGAUUACUGGCUCCUACCUACUGCUCUGAUCAACUUUGCUUUACCUUCUGCCACUAUUAAUGAUAAUGCCACCAUUUGUGAAUUUUGGGAUGAAACUGGUUGGGAUGCUUUGCUUUUAGCUUCUGUGGUUCCCAGUGAUUUAGUGAGCUUAAUUAUUAAUGUCCCAACUGGAUUUGAUGGCUGUGGUAAUGAUGUGCUUAUAUGGAAUGCAACCUCAAAUGGGUGCUUUUCUGUCAAAUCUGCUUACGACUCCAUGUUGGAUAUUAAUGGCCCCUGCAAUCCUCAUUAG